AUGUUUCUCUACAAGUUAGUGGAGAUCAGUUAUGGUGGCCGCAACAGAUACAUUGUAUGCCAAGCAAAAAAUGGACCUGCUUGUCCUCUCAUUGCUGUGGCUAAUUUUCUCAUUCUGAGCCGAGGUGCCAAUAUCAGGCCUAACAGUAAUGGAUAUGUAUCCCAACAACAUCUUUUCAAUUUAGUCACCAUCUAUCUGAACCUUGAACUUGGAAGGAAAUUCAAACAUGACAAAGUGAAGAUUUCUGAGGUUAAGGCGGAGCUUCUGGCAGCAUUACCAAACUUUGCAAAUGGACUCUUUAUCAAUCCACAUUUCAACAGCAUGAGCCACUUUGAUAAGACCCCUGAACUGAGUUUGAUGGAAUGUCUUGGUAUUCCUCUCCUUCAUAGCUGGAUAGACAAUGAGGACUCCAAAACUGCGAGUGUACUUGAUCUGAUUGAUCUGGAUAUUCCCCGCAAAUCAAUGGAGUCUAUUCAGAAAGAAAAUUCUGCAGAGUGUACUGCAUCAUUAACAACCAAAGUUGAGGUUGUGAGAAACAACACCAAUGAGGAUGCUCAAGAGUCCAGCCAUGACAUUGCCGCGAGGGUACUUGAUCUGUUUGAUCCGGAUAUUUUCCACAAAUUAAUGGAGUCUAUUCAGAAAGAAAGUUCUGCAGAGUGUACUGCAUCAUUAACAUCCGAAGUUGAGGUUGUGAGAAACACCACCGAUGAGGACGCUCAAGAGUCCAGCCAUGACAUUAGAAGCAAGCUGAUUAAAGACUCUACGGAGAAUAUGAAGGCACAACUGACAUCAUAUGGAGUAUCAUGCCUGUGUGACCACAUGCUUCAAGAAAAGCAGGAACUGGCAGUUUUAUACAGGAAUGGACAUUUUCUUCUUAUUCACGUGCACGAGGACACAUUGCAUACUUUGCAGACAGACUUAGAUCUGAGGACCAUCCAUCCUAAUGCUCAAUGGCAAAUAUUGGAUGAUGUGCACGGAGACAAUUUCUUUGUGACGGGCAAUUUCCGUCCUAUCAAGGAUGAAGAUGAGGAUAAAGUGAGGGCACUUUAUCUUCAAAAUCGGUAUCAGUGUAGAAUUCGAAGAUAUGAGAGGGCAUCUGAAAAACCCUUAGAAAACCUUGCCAAAAAGGCGGCAGAAGCAAGUAAACACGAGGAUGAGCUUUUAAAGAUUCUUGAAAAGGAAAAGCUCAACAAAGAAAGGUAA